AGCCGUGAUUAUUUUUUCUUUAAAAACUACUAAUAAUACAAUACUGCAUGACGACGAAGGAUCAUCAAGAACAAGCAACCUCAUGUUAAAUAUAAUUUUGGUACAGAUAUCCUGUUAAAAUAGUAAGAACAAAAUUUGAUCAGAGAUGCGUUUCAAGUCAUGGAAAUCAUAUACAAAUGUGUGUAUAAUGAUACCUUUGACUAAGCAUUGAAGAAGUCGCAGCCUGAUGCAAUAAAGGAGAGAAGAAGAAGAUAAAAGGGCAAAGAAAUGCAAGCAGAGCCAAGGUGCAAUGGCAGAGAUCAUUUUAUUAGUAGUGUUUACCAGCCUGGUUGUGUUGGCCGUGCAUCUUGUUAAUGCAUUGGUUUUGAAACCGAAAAGGCUGAGGUCAAAGCUGCAAGAGCAAGGGAUCAAGGGACCUCCUCCUGCUUUUCUAUUGGGAAACAUCCUUGACAUCAAGAGGAUUGAAUCUUCACAAAGAUCUCCAGAAGAGCAACCUAAUGCACAUCUUGAUCAUGCUUGGCCUUUGAAGGCCUACCCCUACAUUGAGCAGUGGCGAAAUGAAUAUGGACCUGUCUUCAUGUAUUCAACUGGAAACAUACAGUUUCUAUGCGUGACAGACGUGGAGAUGGUGAAGGAAAUUAACCUCUGCACUUCUUUAAGCAUAGGCAAGCCUUCUUUUCUUUCCAAAUACUUCGGCCCUCUGCUUGGCGAGGGUAUUCUAGCAUCAAGUGGCCCACUCUGGGCUCACCACAGAAAGAUUAUUGCUCCUGAACUGUAUAUUGACAAGGUUAAGGGCAUAGUGAACCUGAUGGUGGAGUCGACCAACUCAAUGAUAAAAUCUUGGGAGAAUCGAGUAGAAGGAAAGGGAGGCCUGGCAGAAAUUGAAGUUGAUCAGGAUUUAAGAAGCCUGUCUGCAGAUAUAAUCUCUAGAGCUUGUUUUGGAAGCAGCUACUCUAAAGGGGAAGAAAUAUUCUUUCAGAUCAGAACUCUUCAAAAGGUCCUGCCCAAAGGCAAAAGUAUCGUGGGGGUACCUGGUUUAAGGCUCUUGCCGACCAAGAACAAUAGGGAGAAAUGGAGAUUGGAGAGAGAGGUGAACUCAAAGAUAUUGGAAGUGGUAAAACAGCGCAUUGAGGCAGGACAUGAGAAGGAUCUGCUGCAAAUGAUUCUUGAGGGUGCCAAAAGCAGUGUUGACCAAGGCGGACUGUCCUCAGACAAAUUUGUGGUGGAUAACUGCAAGAACAUAUAUUAUGCAGGUCAUGAGACCACCGCCAUGACAGCCUCAUGGUGCUUGGUGUUGUUGGCUGCACAUCCAGAUUGGCAAGCUCGAGUUCAUGCUGAGGUCCUCGAAAUCUGUAAAGAUGGCAUUCUAGAAGCUGAUAUGCUUCGAAGCAUGAAAGUGCUUACAAUGGUAAUCCAUGAGACCCUGCGUCUUUACCCACCUGCAGUGUUCGUGAUGAGGGAAGUCUUGCAAGAUAUCAAGUUCAGAGGCGUUAUGAUCCCCAAAGGCACAAACAUUCAAAUUCCAGUAGCGACAUUACACCAAAUUACUGAUCUAUGGGGGCCUGAUGUACACCAGUUCAAUCCUGAAAGAUUUGCAGGGGGGGUUCUCGGGGCUUGCAAGCACCCACAGGCUUACUUGCCAUUCGGGGUUGGUGCUCGAACCUGCGUCGGGCAACACUUUGCCAUGACAGAGCUGAAGGCUGUUCUAUCUCUCAUCUUGUCCAAGUUUAGCUUCUCCCUCUCCUCGACUUAUCAUCACUCUCCAGUGACCAGAAUGGUUUUGGAGCCUGAACAUGGAAUCAGUCUCUAUGUAAGGAGACUGUGACCUCCUAUUAUAGUGUAAGAAUAAUUGCAGAGUUCUUGUGCUGCACUAUCGUUUUUUAAUGAAUAUUUGUGCUGUACUACCCAAACUCAAAGUUCAGGUUAGUUGAAGAUGAAAGCCAUCAUCAACAUUCAAACAACAAAAUAUAUUGA